AUGGUCAAUCUCACCACUCUUAAGCUUCCCAAUGAGGUGAUGUUCGAGCACCUGGUGCGGCUGCUUGAAAAUGAUCCAAAACCCGUGAUCAUUGACCCUCGGGAUGGAGUCCAGGCGGGUUAUCCUCAAUUGUUGGCAGAUAUUCGGGAGACUCGCCAGAGAGUUUAUCAGACUCUUCCGGGGGAUUUGUUUGACAAUAAGGGGAGAAUUAGUAAGGACAGGCCGUGCAUCGGCGUCCUGACGCCUACGAGUUAUGACUUUGUCGUCGCCGCCUUAGCCAUCCUGGCAAUGGGAGGUGCUAUCGUGCCUCUUGGUCUGAGACUGCUACCUGAAGAAGCGGGCGAACUUCUCCAAAGGUCUUCCGCAACGGGUAUUUUGACCAGCGCGAAGUACGAGGAUUUAGCCCACGCGAUCCAGGCACAUGGAAGCUCCAAGGGCCAGUCACUUCCCAUCAUGAACAUUUCCAUCUACCACGGUCAGCACUCGCGGAGCAAGGACCUGAAUAUCCGGGCUGAAAUCGACCCGGAAAUGACCAUUCCCGAGGAUACGUGGAGUGCCAUUCUGUUCACAUCCGGCACAAGCGGGCCCCCCAAAGGCGUAGUGCACGUGCGAAAACUCUUCAAUAACAAUCCGCUACUGCAGACGGAACCGAUUACAUCCCUCUGCUAUCAGCCACCACAUUGGAUCAGUGGCUUUCUUCUGUUGCUCAGUCGCCCGCUGGCCGGACACCCCCUGGUGAUGAGCAGCGGCGGAUGCGCGGAAUUGUGGGAGUCGCUGCGGAAGGGCGGUAUUGACGGGUUUUGGGCAGUCCCGACGACCUGGGAAAAGAUGAAGACUCAUUAUGACGAGGUCUUGAAGCUUCUCCCUGCCGAGGAGACGGAGGAAUACCUCCGGGGAAUGAAGGAGGUUAGCACAUUCCGGGUCACGGGAGCCUUUGCAACGGCUCAGGUGCGCCAGUUCUGGCGAGAUAUCUUUGGAAGACCUCUGGAAUGCGGUUUCUCAAGCACCGAGCUGGCGGGUCUAGGUUGUACAUAUCUACCAGGUCCGGAUGACGGACUCGGAAUCGAGCGUUGCAUUGGAGAGCCGCAUCCCAACGUGUCAAUCAAGUUCACCGAUGGCGACUCGGGCGAGCUGUUGGUGAAGGGAAAGGGGAUAUUUUCCCACUACCUGGACAAUCCUGCAGCUACAGAGGCAGCUUUCGAUGAGGAAGGCUACUUCCGAACGGGGGAUUCGGCGCGUCUUGUUGGGCCCAACGUUGUCCUGGAUGGCCGCUUCAAAACAGACUAUAUCCGUACCAAAGGACACCGGAUUACCAUCUUCGAAGUGGAAUCCGAAAUCAUGAAGCUCCCCUAUGUUUCGGAGGGAUAUAUCUUCGGCGCACCGGACCGCGAUGGAGAUCGACUGGCAGCAUUGAUUCGCUUGGAACCUACCGCGCUCAAGAGCAGAAACACGCCUGAUCUGCGACAGCUGCGCGUGGACCUGCACAAGAAUCUCUAUGCUUUCCAGUUGCCGGUCGCGCUACGAUUUUUGCGCGACGGGGAGGAUGUGCCUCGAACCGACACCGGGAAGCUGAUCCGCAGACAUACUGUUGCACAGUAUUUCGUCCCUAACGAGGAUUUCACGUACGGUAGCGACGUGGAGACGUGCGACUGGAACGAACCGGUGGCAGACGGAGUCAAGGCCUGGGAUUGGGGUGGAACGCCGUACUAA